UGGUGCAGCUGAUAUUGCAUUCACCCUGAUUCCUGGCACCGUGUGAGGUGUGAUUUCAGAGUCUGUCUCGCCUCCUCCACUUGGUCAGUCACACCUUUGGGACUGAAGGAGAGAGGCUGCCGCGCGGCCAGGCUCCUCAGCCUGCGCCUUGGCCCCUGCCCGAGGGGACCUCACCUUGUGGGACGUUCUGCCUCCCCUCCCUCUUUGGUGGGUGUUCUCAGACACAGCCUGGCACCUUCCUGGAGCUUCUGACUAUCCUGAUGUGGGUCCUGGUUGCUGUGUAGCUGGCCCCUGGAAAUGUCCAGCAAUGUGAAGUCACCUUAGGGUUACCUCAACUGGGGCUGUGCUGUGGGCUGGAUUGUGUCCCCGCACUAUGUUCAUGAUGAACAUCUUAACCCGCAGUACCUUAGACUCUGACGAUAUUUGGCAGUAGGUCUUUAAAGAAAUAAUUUAUGUUAAAUGAGACCUGUGAGUGGGCCCUAAUCCAACAGGACUGAUGUCCUUCCUUGUCUGAAGAGAUUAAGACACUGACAUGCACAGACUGAAGACAUGGGGAGAACACAGCUGUCUACAAGACAGAGAGGCCUCGGAGGAAGCCAGCCCGCCGACACCUUGCUCUUAGACUUGCAGAGUCUACAGCUAUGAUACAAUAACAUUCUAUUGCUUAAGCCGCCCAGGCUGUUGCACUUUGUUACGGAUGCCCUAGUGAACUAAUACAGGCUGUUAGGCUGCCUUCACCUCCCCUGCCCUCCUCUCAUGUUCCCAAAAGACACAGGACACAAGUCAAGGGUCUCACACUUUAUUAUUAGUCACAGAACACAGGAGGGACCGCUUGGGUCUCGCUGAAGGUUUGUUUUACCAUCUGCCCCAGGGGAAGCCACAGGAGACAGCUCUACCAGCCAGACCAGGCCAAAUGGGAGAGAGGGGGCAGGGGCAGGUGACAAGUAUAAACACAGACUUGAUUUGACUCAGUCUUACAACUUGUCAGCUGUGUGAUGUUAGACAAGUCUUUUAACGUCUGUGUCUUGGCUGCGUCAUCUGUGAAGUGGAAUAAGUGAUAGAACCUAUCUCACUGAGUUGGUGUGAAGAUUGAAUGGAACAACGCUUGUGAAAGUGUUUAACACAGUGCCUGGUAAGUUGCAAAUACUCAAUAAGUGGAAGCUAUUAUUAUCAUUUGGAGCAAAUCAGAUUUCUUCAUGGUCAGGCCAGCUCCAGUCUCUGAGGAGGAGAGGGCCGGGAAUCUGAUACUUUGUAAAUUGUCUGCAGCAUGGCCUGUUAAGAGAGACAGCCUGAUACAUAAGCGGGAGCCACUUGGUCCCUGGGAACAUGGCUACUAGACCCCAAAGUAAGGAUCCUGCGGUCAUGGCACCUCUUGUCUCUACAAACUCCAUAAAAAGCACUAGGAAGAUUUUGUGAAAAGUUCUAGUAUUGCACCUGGGCCACAUCAGGUUUCUGGCAUUCAGCCAGCAUUUUCUGCAUCUAUUCAGAUGUCUUCCUUUUAUUUUUUAUUUUUGUAGUUUUUACUUUUGGCCGAGUCACUGAACUCGAAACAGAUCCUGGCUCUGCCUAAUGCUAUCUGGGUGACCAGGGGCUGGUCACUUCACCUCUCUGAACUUCACCAUCUCACUGACCUUCGGGAGUUUUGAGGACAAAGCCAGGGUUGUAACUCAAGAAAGAAUUCUCCAGAUUUUACUUCUCUUCUCUGGAUUCAUCAAAAGGACUUGCAGAUCCUGCCGUGGUCACAGCGGGGUGCAGACUCCGGAGUCAGGCACUUGAGAAGCACAUAUGAAUAAGGUGUGUCCAAGGCCUGCAAGAAGCUUCCGCCUGAUGACUCUUCAAAUCAAUAUUGAAACAAAACCCUCACAGGCAAGACCUCAUCCACAAAUUUGUGGUCAUGCAGAGAAGGAAACUGAGGCUGAGAGAGGAUGGAAGUCACAAGCAGCCAUGCAGGGACAGGCCCUUGGAGUGGAGACCUUUUCUACAUGAGGGGGAGCAUUGUAUCCAGAAGGCCGGGACAACCAGCCAUCAAGUCCUCACGGACCUCAUGGAUUUGGCCCUCGUGAGAGCACACAGAUUCAGAAACAUGUUCACAGCAGGCUUGAACUGUGCAGAAAAUAUGCCAAGAAAAGCAACACGGGGGGUGGAUAAAGCCCUGCCCAGAGACCAGCUGUUCCUUCUUACCAUCUCCAUCUUCCUGGGGCUAGGCCAGCCCAGGAACCCCAAAGGCAAGAGAAAGGGGCCAGGGCGGCCUGGGACCCUGGCCCCUGGGCCUCACCAGUUACCACUGGACCUGGUGUCCCGGGCAAAGCCCUAUGCCCGCAUGGAGGAAUAUGAGAGGAACCUGGCAGAGAUGGUGGCGCAGCUGAGGAACAGCUCCGAGCCGGCCAGGAGGAAGUGCGAGGUCAACCUGCAGCUGUGGCUGUCCAACAAGAGGAGUCUGUCACCCUGGGGCUACAGCAUCAACCAUGACCCCAGCCGCAUUCCUGCAGACCUGCCAGAGGCGCAGUGCUUGUGUCUGGGCUGUGUGAACCCCUUCACCAUGCAGGAGGACCGCAGCAUGGUGAGCGUGCCCGUGUUCAGCCAGGUGCCUGUGCGUCGCCGCCUCUGCCCGCCGCCGCCACGCCCCGGGCCCUGCCGCCAGCGCGCAGUCAUGGAGACCAUCGCCGUGGGCUGUACCUGCAUCUUCUGAGACAGCACUCCCCAUACCCGCUUGCCGAGCAAGGCGAUGAAAAGUAAAGGCUGUCUUUUGUAAAGCAA